GAGGGAGGAAUGGGGGCCCGUGCUGUCUGGAGAGGGCCAGGGGUGGACAAACGGCGGGCUCAGCUGGAGGGGAGUUCCCCGAAGAAGGCUCCUCCCAGCCCGAGUCCUGUCUACAGUCUUCCCCAAUCUAGGGGACUCAGCACCCAGACGCUGCUAUGGAUGACAUUUUCACUCAGUGCCAGAGGGGCAACACGGUGGCUGUUCACCUGUGGCUGAACACCCUGGAGAACUACCUCAACCACGGGGGUGAUCAUGGCUUCUCCCCCUUGUACUGGGCCUGCCAAGAGGGCCGUUCUGCUGUGGUUGAGAUGCUAAUCAUACGGGGGACACAAAUCAAUGUGAUGAACCAUAGGGAUGACACCACCCUGCACCUGGCAGCCAGUCAUGGACACCGUGAUAUUGUGCAGAAGCUGCUGCAGUAUAAAGCUAACAUCAAUGCAAUGAACAAGCAUGGAAAUCUGCCCUUGCACUAUGCCUGUUUUGGGGGCCAAGAUCGGGUUGCAGAGGACCUGGUGGCUAAUGGGGCCCUUUUUAGCAUUUGUAACAAGUAUGGAGAGAUGCCUGUGGACAAAGCCAAGGCACCCCUGAGAGAGCUCCUCCAAGAGCGUGCAGAGAAGAUGGGCCACAACCCUAACCAUAUUCUAUACAAGGACACAUUCUGGAAGGGAACCACCCUCACUCAGCCCAGAAAUGGGACUCUGAACAAACACUUUGGCACUGACUUCAAACAGCUCAACUUUCCGGCAAAGCUCAAUGAGAAUCACUCUGGAAAACUAUGGAAGGGCCGUUGGCAGGGCAGUGCUAAAGGUUAGAGACUGGAGUACAAGGAAGAGCAGGGACUUCA